AUGUAUUUGCUCAACACCGCGACUAUCGAGUUGCAUCGCUUCGACAAGCUCAAGGUUCCGCCCUAUGCAAUCCUAUCCCACGUCUGGGGCACGACCGAGCAGACGUUCCGGGACACUCCUCUCGUCAAGGGCGCACGCGACAAGCGUGGCAAGAUCAAGGGCGCAUGCGCGAAGGCACUGCAUGACGGGUACCGCUGGCUCUGGGCGGACACGACAUGCAUCGACGCUGGGAACAGCGCAGAGCUCUCCGAGGCGAUCAACUCCAUGUUCGACAUCUACGCCAAGUCGUCGAUGUGCUACGCGUACCUCGAGGACGUGCCGCCUGGCGAGGACCCGCACCCACCUGAGUCGUCGUUUCGAAGGAGCAAGUGGUUCAGGCGCAUAUGGACGUUGCAGGAACUCAUCGCCCCCGCCUCCGUCGUCUUCCUGUCCUCCGACUGGCAGCCCAUCGGCGCCAAGUGGAAGCUCGCACCGUUGAUCGAAUCCGUGACGAACAUCGACCAGCUGGUCCUCACCCACAAGAGGCCCCUCGAGGAGGUCAGCAUAGCCUGUCGCAUGUCGUGGGCGGCGAAGCGUGAGGCGCGGCGGGAAGAAGACCGCGCGUACGCGCUCAUGGGCAUCUUCGGCGUGUGUAUGCCUACGAUCUAUGGCGAGCGAGGCCGUGCUGCGUUCAUCCGGCUCCAGGAGGAGAUCGUCAAGCGCUCUGAAGACCAAAGCGUCUUCGCUUGG